UGUUGUUGGCCUUUGGACAUUAGACGCAGGCAAACUUCCCAGAGGUGCUCAAGUUACGUUGCUUUUUAUUCCUCAUAUACCUCCUAGAUGAGGGCAGCGUCUAUAAUUUUCCCUCCAAGGUUUACUUAAAGGCUGCAAAGGCCUGGCAGCAUGCUCGAAGGCUACAGUCCUGUGACUCAGGCUCUUCUGGGGACCCUGUUCACCUGGGGCCUGACCGCCGCCGGAGCCGCCCUGGUGUUCGUCUUCUCCAGCCGACAGAAGCGCAUUUUGGAUGGAAGUUUAGGCUUUGCGGCUGGGGUAAUGCUGGCUGCUUCCUACUGGUCGUUGCUGGCGCCGGCGAUUGACAUGGCGGAGGAUUCGGGGAAAUACGGCUCAUUUGCUUUUGUGCCUGUGGCGAUUGGAUUCACACUCGGGGCCGCAUUUGUUUACUUUGCCGACCUGGCCAUGCCCCUGCUGGGUGUAGGUACUGACCCCCACACAGCCUUGGCUCUGCCCCCUGAAUCCAAGCUGGCCAAGGAGGAGCCUUUGUUCCACCUCUCGGACUCUGAUGAGAUGACCAUCAGGAUAGGUAGAGCUGGACCUCUGUCAGACAAAAUAGAGAACGGAGAUGUCUACCAGAGAAGGAGAGGACCUCAGUCGGGCCACUCCGAUGGACAAGAAUCAGGAAGUAAACAACAGGAAGGGGCUGGGCAGACGGGGAGCAGGUGGCGACGAAUCGUCCUCCUCAUCCUAGCCAUCACCAUCCACAACAUCCCAGAGGGCUUGGCUGUUGGGGUUGGCUUUGGAGCCAUCGGGAAGACGUCGUCUGCUACCUUUGAGAGUGCCAGAAAUUUGGCAAUCGGUAUUGGCAUCCAGAAUUUCCCAGAAGGUCUGGCAGUGAGCCUCCCACUCCGAGGCUCAGGGGUCUCAACGUGGAAGGCCUUCUGGUACGGUCAGCUCAGCGGCAUGGUAGAGCCUGUCGCCGGGCUGUUGGGCGCCGUCGCCGUUGUUUUGGCGGAACCCCUGUUGCCAUACGCGUUGGCGUUUGCUGCUGGGGCGAUGGUCUACGUGGUGGUGGACGACAUCAUACCUGAGGCUCAAGUCAGCGGAAACGGGAAGCUGGCAUCUUGGACCUCCAUCCUGGGCUUUGUGGUGAUGAUGUCACUAGAUGUGGGGCUGGGCUGAUGUCACCGUGACGACCACGAUGUCAUCACCGUGACGCUGACCUCAGUUUUUUAAAAAGAAGGGGACCAGAUGAAGCGUUUUAUUAUUGUUAAUCGAUUUAGUUUGAAUUUACUUGAAGUUCACUGGUGAUAACGGAACUGUUUCAUAAAGCAAUUUCUAAGGGCGGCUAUACUUGAACAUUAUUUUCAACAUGAGUAAUUAAGGCGCUUGCAGUUAUGAUUAAUAUAGAACCGUUUCAUGACUUGGCUGCUUUUCCAGAAACCUUAUUUAAACUUAAACAGUCUGUCAUGAAAGUUAAAUGAAUGUUUUUAGGUGACUUUACCUGGAGACAAUACUUGAAGUCUGGUGUUUGAUUUGGUGAUUUAUGGGAUGGCCAAUGAAUGAUUGGGUUUUUUUUUUUUUUUUUACUCUAUUGCUGGUUCUGCUGUAUUGUCUAUCAGUGGAAAACAUUGCGACACAAUACGAGCAUGAUGUGAUUAAAUGUUGAAUUCCAAAUGUGACUGGUUGAAAGUAUAUCAUCUAUUUUUUCGGAAACACAAACUUGUACGAACAUCUUUCAGUCAUGAAAGUCAUGAAAUGUCUUCAGAUGACGUUGUCUGUCUGCUUCCAAAUGAGGUGCCUUCUUUCCAAGGCACAGUUUCUUGCCAUCUACAGGUCAGUGUGAAGAAUCAAAUGUUGUUGUCCUUGUAUAAUUAUGUAAAUUGGUGUAACCAGUUAACGCUGAAUUACAUGCGGAAUAUUUAUACAAUUAAACAAAGCAAAUGAUUC